AGUCUUUUCCAGCUCAAAAUUUCACAGCGAUAUACAUAUAUACAUAUAUAUAGAGAGAGAGAGAGAGAGAGAGAGAGAUUUUAGAGAGACAGGAGAGAGAGCUUCAUUGUCGUCGUUCAUGGCGACUGGGUGGGUCAAAUCGUUACAGUGCAAAUCUAGAGCAUCAGACGACGUCGUUCACCACCACUACCACCACUUAGUCGCCUCUUCGAGUUGCAGAAAAAGUGUCCAAAGCCUCAAAGAUGUAAUCGAAACCACCAAACAAAAGCCUCGGAAAAAGCCCAAACAACCGCCAUCGCCGCCGCCGCAUCACAGACAACCCAGUUCGAGAAAAUCCGAACCCAGUUCGAAUCACACGAAUCGAGCUCGGCCCAGUUCAUCGGCGCGACAUUCGCUAGCGUCGGACCCAUUCUUUCCGGCUCUCACGGAGCUCCCGGAGGGCCACUCGUCGCGAAACGUGGUGGAGAUAAUCUUCCAUACAAGUUGGUCGCCCAAAGCUUUCUCGGGUCGGAUCGAGAUGGUUUUCAAGGUCCAGAACUUGCCCAGAACUGUGACCCGGUUCGAGGAAUACAGAGAGAUAUUGAAGUCCAUGGCGGCCUUGAGUGGCGCCGCCUCCGUCGACGGUGGCUGCGAAGACCAUGCUCGGUGUGUCGCCGAUGGGAAUGAGGUCAUGAGGUUUCACUGCUUGGGUCAAACCGCCGGAGCUCCGGGUUACGAAGCCGGGUGCGGCGGAGCAUGGGCGUUUCACGGCGGAAAGGGUGCGAUAUGUACUUUUUCCGGCAGCGGCGGUGCACACGAGAGCUCCGGCGGAGGGAGGGGGAGGAGGGCGAUGUUGGUGUGCCGGGUCAUUGCGGGUCGGGUGUGCAAACAAAUCGGUUUGGAGACGUUGUUGGAGGGACGAGUCGGGUUUGACUCAGUGAGUGGGGAGAAUGGCGAGUUACUGGUGUUUGAUUCACGUGCGGUAUUGCCUUGUUUCCUUAUCAUCUAUAAAUUGUAAAAACACAUUGCCAUUAUUUUCUUUUGUCUCCUUGCAUUUAUCACUACCAAUUUUCUUCUUCUUUUUCUUUUUUUUUUUUCUUCUUAUUUUCAUGGCUUUUUUUUAAUCUUUUUUUAGUAUGUGUGGUGAUCAUAGAAAAUUGGGAUGAUAAAUGUAUUGGGCAAAUUGUGUCAUCUAAUUUAAUUUUUUUUAUCA